AUGCGCUCCAUGAGGGCUCUGCAGAAUGCGCUGAGCCGGGCCGGUGGGCACAGCCGGCGGGGAGGCUGGGGUCACCCGAGCCGGAGCCCACUCCUUGGCAGGGGAGUCCGCUACCACCUCAGUGAGGCCGCGGCGUCGGGCAGGGCGACGCCGCACAGCCACCAGCCGCUGCACAAGGAUCACGACGCAUCAGAGAGUGGCAUGCUGUCCCGCCUUGGAGAUCUGCUCUUCUACACUAUUGCUGAGGGACAGGAGAGGAUCCCUAUCCACAAGUUCACUACUGCACUGAAGGCCACUGGACUGCAGACAUCGGAUCCAAGGCUCCGGGACUGCAUAAACCAGAUGCACCGCAUGGUCCAAGAGUCCAGCAGUGGUGGCCUCUUAGAUCGAGAGCUCUUCCAAAAGUGUGUGAGCAGCAACAUUGUGCUCCUGACCCAGGCAUUCCGAAAGAAGUUUGUCAUUCCUGAUUUUGAGGAGUUCACGAGCCAUGUGGAUCGCAUCUUUGAGGAUGCCAAAGAGCCCACUGGAGGCAAAGUGGCAGCCUACAUCCCUCACCUGGCCAAGUCAAACCCAGACCUGUGGGGUGUCUCCCUGUGCACUGUGGAUGGUCAGCGGCACUCUGUGGGACACACAAAGAUCCCCUUCUGCCUGCAGUCCUGUGUCAAGCCUCUCACUUACGCCAUCUCCAUAAGCACCCUAGGCACUGAGUACGUGCACAAGUACGUGGGCAAGGAGCCCAGUGGCCUGCGCUACAACAAGCUCUCCCUCAAUGAGGAAGGAAUCCCCCAUAACCCCAUGGUCAAUGCUGGUGCCAUUGUCGUCAGCUCCCUGAUCAAGAUGGACUGUAACAAAGCAGAGAAGUUUGACUUUGUGUUGCAGUAUCUGAAUAAAAUGGCUGGAAAUGAAUUCAUGGGGUUCAGCAAUGCCACAUUCCAGUCAGAGAAGGAAACUGGGGACCGGAACUAUGCCAUUGGCUAUUAUCUCAAGGAAAAGAAGUGCUUUCCCAAGGGGGUGGACAUGAUGGCCGCCCUUGAUCUCUACUUCCAGCUAUGCUCUGUGGAGGUCACCUGUGAAUCAGGCAGUGUCAUGGCGGCCACCCUUGCCAAUGGCGGGAUCUGCCCCAUCACAGGCGAGAGCGUGUUAAGUGCUGAAGCAGUGCGCAACACUCUCAGCCUCAUGCAUUCCUGCGGCAUGUAUGACUUCUCCGGCCAGUUUGCCUUCCACGUGGGCCUGCCAGCCAAGUCAGCUGUGUCAGGAGCCAUCCUCCUGGUGGUACCCAAUGUCAUGGGAAUGAUGUGCCUGUCACCUCCACUGGAUAAGUUAGGGAACAGCCAGAGGGGCAUCAAUUUCUGCCAGAAGCUGGUGUCCCUCUUUAAUUUCCACAACUAUGACAACCUGCGGCAUUGUGCUCGGAAAUUAGACCCACGGCGUGAAGGGGGAGAAGUUCGGAACAAGACUGUGGUGAACCUGUUAUUUGCUGCAUACAGUGGAGAUGUCUCAGCUCUUCGAAGAUUUGCUUUGUCAGCCAUGGAUAUGGAACAGAAAGACUAUGACUCCCGCACAGCCCUGCAUGUUGCUGCAGCUGAAGGACACACGGAAGUUGUUAAAUUUCUGAUCGAGGCUUGCAAAGUGAACCCUUUUGUCAAGGACAGGUGGGGCAACAUUCCCCUGGAUGAUGCUGUGCAGUUCAACCACCUGGAGGUGGUCAAACUGCUUCAAGAUUACCAGGACUCCUACAUGCUCUCCGAGACUCAGGCUGAGGCAGCAGCUGAGACCCUGUCCAAAGAGAACUUGGAAAGUAUGGUGUGAGGUCAUGAACAGUCCCUGCUCAAGAAAAAGCAUGACCCAGCCAUGCAUUUAACCCCCAGCCACCACAGAUAUCAUGGACAGCUGCUUCAGUGGGGACCAGCAAAGCAAUUUGGUAAUGGGGUCCAGUGCAUUGUGUGAGACUCAAAAUACCCUACUCCCUCAGUAAACACAGCAGAAAGAGGAGCCUCAGUGGACAUCUGUAUCCAUGGAUACAUCAAGGUAUAGACAGCCUAUUGACUUGGCCCACUCAAAGCCAUCCCAGGUCUUUAUUCAGGUCCCUCUUCCUCUCCCUGAAGCAGUCAACAUGAGCGCAAGUGACUCCAGUGGAGGUACGCUAGCCACCAUGCAUAUCUAUGUCGAGUAAAAGGAAGGAGGGGCCUAAGCACCUGACUUUAUAGUAGUCUGCAGAGAUCUGUCCCCCUUACCCAGGGACAUGUUGCUGCUGCUAACAGCAAUUUUAUA